AUGGCCAUCACCAACGUACCCCUGGUGGCCAAUGUGUAUGAAGAAGAGACCUCCCGGGUCAGCCUAACGGACAUCGUGUGUACCCACACGGCUUCCAUCACAGUCUUCUUACAGUCUAUCACGCCGACCACCCUUUGUUCUACGUGCUUUGCUGUCUACAAGAUUCCACCGUCUCUCAACUUUCAGUUAUUCUACCUACCGAGUCAGGGGAACCUUUCGUACGCCUUUGUCCCCAUCUACGACAUCACGGUGACGUGCACUGAUGGAGCAGGGACGAGCCUCUCCACCGUCAUUAACGUACGAGUAAGGACCAACGAACUGCCGAGGUUUGACACAUUUUCAGUGACAGUGACAACCGUCAACGCCAAAACUACUACAAAUGGGGCUGUCAUCUACACUGAGACUGGCGUUACGGAGCCUGACGGAGAUGCCGUGUUCUACAACAUGACCGUCUUUCCAGAAUCCAGUACAUUCAAAUACGAGAUUGGACUAACUGACGGAAUAAUCCGAGCAACUACAGAUCUUUCCUCGGAGUGUUUUCCAACGCUUGUGUUCUUCAUCUACGUACACGACAACAGAAACGUCCUCGUUGGACCGAAAGUCGUCACCAUACAGUUUUCAGACUACUACCGAGUGCCCUAUAUCCCAGGGGUUAAUAAGGAGUUGACUGUGUCUGAAGAUACGGCAAUCGACAGCAUAAUAAGCAAUAUCCAGGCGGUCAGCGACCCUGUAGCCACCUACACUAUAGAGACGUUUCCGUCUAUAGCAGCAUUCCUGUUUACAGUGAACGUGGCGGGCACGUCUACCCUGCGUCUGAGAGGCCAGCUGGACUACGAGGGAGGGAUCCGAAACAUCAAUGUUACAAUCAUACCUUCAAACGGUUUCUGUACUCCAGACAUCUUCUUCCUCUACAUCAAGGUCGCCGACGCCAACGACCCACCGGUCAUCAGCCCCAGGGACAUCGUCACUUCAAUGUAUGAAGGUCCGUUUACCUUGAACCCUAACUUCACCUACGUGGAUCAAGACGUCGGUGACACAGCCACCUACAGCAUCAUCGGCGGAAACACAGGCAACCUCUUCUUUAUCGACUCCUUCAGUGGGGUCAUCACAUGUACUAACUACGACGUUGACGUUGCCGGAGCUGUUACAACAGUUGUGCUACUGAUUCAGCUGGAAGACGUUAAAGACAAGGGGAAGGAUAACACAACAGUGACGAUCAUCAUCUUGGACAAAAACGACAACGCCCCUGUAAUCACAGCCCCACCAUCGGGUCUGUACCAGUAUCAGGUCGAGGACUGCUUUCCAGCCGGGACCUACAUCGGAAAAAUCUUUGCUGCUGAUGGCGUCGACUCAGCUUACAACAACAACAACGUCGUCGAAUGCAACGCAGGCACAACCGGCGUCCUUUUCGUUUUGCCCGCUUGCGACGUCAUCCUCAACGCGUCCAUACCAGCUGGGACGGUAGCGACCAUCGACGUUACGGCUUCAGACAAAGGGACGUUUCCUGGUCCUCUGACAAGCCCUGUCACACCAGUACUCGUGUCCUCGAUCCUCUGUUCUAUAACCACAACUGCAACGACAACAACGGGAACAACUACAACGCCUCUGCCGACGACAACAACUACCCCCGUUCCUACAAUACCUGGUUUCGGUGGAUUGGUCGGCCCAUCUGCCGUCAAUGGCGACAACGGUACUGGGAAUAUGCCGUGGAUUGUCUCCGCUUGUAUAUUGGGUUGUAUCGGAAUAGCGGCUGCCGCUUUCUUCAUCAGCAGAUACGUCGUCCCGCGCUGUAAAGGAAAUUCCUCACCAAGAUUCAGUUCAGGACCCUCACAGAGUAAGCAGCCAGUUCAGCCUGAAAACAGACAAGGUCAAAACAGAGGCAAUAUCCGACAGUCUCCAAAGAGAAACAACGUGAAGCCGGUCACUCCGAGAGAAGUGCAACCGUACGAGGCAUACAAGGAUGACCAGAGAGGUCCGAACCUGCAACAGAAGAAUGUCUGGCGGGGGGCGGGCACGCAGCCAGAUAAAACAUUUGAGCUAUAG